AUGGUUACCAAAGAAGAGUUUUUCAAGUAUUACUUUUCUAUUAUUCUAUCUGAGAAAGGUUUGAGACGAAUUCGAAAACUAAUCUGGAAUAAUUCUCGAAAUACUCCUCUUAAAUUGAGAAUAGAUCAGUUGGGAUCGAGUGCGAACGUUAUUUCAAUCCACCCAUUAACAUGCUGGUCCCUUGGAAUUCUCGAUUGUCAACUUGUCAAAACUUCUUUCACGACAACAACAGAGCAUGGACACUCUGCUACAGUUGAACGAAUCAUGAAAGUUUGUAUCACUAAUUUUGUGAAGAUUGGAAGCGUACAAAUGUCAAGAAUUGAUGUUUUCAACUUUUUCGGGGGAGAGGAAUCUAUUGAAAUUGUCACUGUCAAUGAUAUCACGCCAAUCUUCAAACUCUAUGGUGCUCCCAUUCCUAUCGCUGAAGAUGCGAAACUUUCUCUCAUUCGACAACCGGGAGUCCCGAAAAAUAUUCGGUUGGAUAAACAUCAUUUGGAGCAAAUUUUGAAGAGCUCAAAUAUCUUCUAUAAAAACGACAUUGUCCGAAUUACCGACUACAACGUCUACAACGAUACAACUGUCAACUUGUUCUACAAAUUAGAUGUCUCAAGUUCUCCUUGUAUUCUUGAUUCAAGUACAUCCGUCUAUGAAACUUCAGCAGUCUCCUCAAUGAUUCCAUUUUCUAAUUUCCUACUCCAGAAUCCGUUGACAUCUUCAAUGAAGUCAACGGUAGACAGAAUGACUCAUAUUUAUUUUGCACAACGUCGUAUUACAAAACGAGCUCUCGUUCUUCUUGUAACCGGAGCAUCUGGUUCUGGAAAACGACUUUUGAGUCAGGUUUUCGCUUCGAAAACUCAUCGGAAUUUUUAUGAAGUGGACGGAUACGAAAUGGUAUGUGACAGUGCGUCAACAUCAGAAAACAAAUGGACAAUCUGGUGGGAAAAGGCGAAAUUAUUGAGGAAUUGUUUAUUGUUUGUGAGGAAUGCACAUGUUCUGGCAAUUGAUCAGUUCAAUUCACUCGAUCGAAGAAUCCUCCAGCAUAUAGAACUGAAACUGGCAGAAUCAUCCAGAAUAACUGUAGUUUUUUCAUGUAAUACUGACAUGCUAACCUCGAUGAGUCCGAACGUGAAAAAUCUUGCACUCUACACAUUUUCUGCUGAUUAUAUGGAUGAAACUGACAGAAGAACUUGGCUGAAAUAUCAUUUAAAUGAGAAAAUAGCUGUUCACGUGGCAAAAAAGACGUCAGGAUUUACAUUGGCAGAACUACAAGAACUAGUGAAAAAUGGAAAGAAAAUAAGUGAUUCGGAGAGGAAUGAGAAGGCGUACGAGGACUUGAUUGACAUCAGAAACUCGAAUUUUGCAGAUGCAAUCGGGGCUCCGAAGAUUCCGAACGUUCGAUGGGAAGAUGUUGGAGGCCUUGAAGAAACGAAACAAACUGUUCUGGAGAGUAUUCGAACCAAUUUAUUCGGAUCCCGAGCAUUGAAACGGUCCGGAAUUAUCCUCUACGGAUCUCCUGGUUGUGGAAAAACAUUGAUUGCUAAAGCAGUUGCAACCGAAUUCAAAAUUGCUUUUUUAUCUGUGAAAGGUCCAGAAUUACUGAACAAGUAUGUCGGACAGAGUGAAGAAAAUUUGAGAAAAGUGUUUGAAAGAGCAAAACAAGCAUCUCCGUGUGUCAUUUUCUUUGAUGAAAUCGAUAGUUUGGCACCGAAUAGAGGAAGAAAUGGGGAUUCUGGAGGAGUCAUUGAUAGAAUUGUAUCACAACUGUUGGCUGAACUCGAUAAACUUCACAAUUCGCCACUGACAAAAGUGUUCGUGAUGGGAGCAACCAAUCGACCAGAUUUAUUGGAUAACUCGUUGAUGACACCGGGAAGAUUUGAUAAAUUGGUGGAAGUGAAACCAGGGGAAGAUGUGGAAUCAAAGACGAAGAUUCUGGAAGCAGUUUCAAGGAAAAUGAACUUUGAUAAAGAUGUGGAUUUGAGAGAAGUUGCCAGUCGCGUGGAUGAGAAGAUGUCCGGUGCACAACUAUUCUCUAUCAUUUCAAAUGCUGGAAUGGCUGCAAUUGUAGAAACAAUACAGAGUAUUGAAGAUGGGAAACCAGAAAAUCAAACAGUACGAGUUGCACAAAGACAUCUUCGAGAGAGUGUUCAGAAGUUCCAUGAGACGAAAGUUUGA